AUGGAUACGCUGCUAAAUGUUGAAGGAAAACCCGUUUUUGACGAAUGUAUAGAGGGAAUAGAAUUACAUUCCCACCACCCUUACGCAUCUACGAAACUGGAACACGGAGAAGAAAUACGUAUUUCCGUUCAGCAUCAGGACAUAUACACGCUACCAUCAGAGAGUUUUCUUUACAUAGAAGGACGAUUUUUGAAGGAAGACGGUAGUGCUCCGCCACUAGUUGCAAAACUUACGCAAAACGCGUUUGCUUUUCUUUUCGAAGAAAUUCGAUACGAGAUUUGCGGUGCAGAAAUAGAUCGGGUAAAAAAUCCCGGAAUCGCAGGAACAUUAAAAGGGCUUGCAUCAAUCAAGAAAGAAUCGGUAAACGAAAAUACCAGAUGGACUUCUUCAGAUUCAAUUGCACUAAACAUCACGUCGGAGAACGGUCACUUCAACGUUUGCUUACCACUAAAUAUGCUAUUCGGUUUUGCAGAGGAUUAUCGCAAAAUUAUAGUUAAAGUUAAACAGGAACUAAUUUUGAUCAGAUCAAGAAGAGAUGAUAAUUGCUAUUUGACCAAAGCUGUGACAGAAGGAGAGAACAGGAUUGUCGAGAUUGCAAAAAUAGAAUUACAAACUAUUUCAUGGAAAAUGCCGUAUUUAACGCUUAACGAUUACAAUAGAUUGCAACUAUUGCGUCAAUUAAAAAAAGAAAAAGCGAUAUUAGUUCCUUUCAGGAGUUGGGAACUUUACGAAUAUCCGCUGCUUCCCGCUUCACAAAAACAAUUGUGGAGUGUAAAAACUUCGACCCAAUUGGAAAAACCGAGAUUUAUCAUAUUAGCUUUUCAAACGAAUCGAAAAAGCAAUCCUGAGAACAACGCGAGUAAUUUCGAUCACUGUGAAUUAACGAGUGUAAAAUUGUUCUUGAAUUCUAAAUCGUAUCCGUAUAAAGAUCUGAAUAUAAAUUUUUCUACAAAUCAAUUCGGAAUGCUAUAUUACAUGUAUACGAAUUUUCAAAGAAGUUUUUUUGCGGAGACUCAUCCCUCUCCUCUACUAUCUUUGGCAAGAUAUAAAAAUAACGGUCCGAUUGUUGUGAUUGAUUGUACAAAACAAUGUGAAUCUGUAAAAAGUGGCCCCGUCGAUGUAAGAUUGGAAUUCGAGGCUAGUAGGGCUUUUCCUGAAAAUACAACUGCAUAUUGCUUGGUUAUUCACGAUAGGGUACUUGAGUACAAUCCGUUCAGUAAUAUCGUAAGGAAAAUGCUGUAA